AUGUUCAAACGGAAGCAACACGGGGAGUUUCUUCAAGCGAUGUGCCACCCACCCCGCAGCAUGCCGUUUCUAUCACUGGCGGUGUUUUUGCUGAUGUUGGUGUGUUGUGCCGCUGGGUGCCUCGCUGCCGAUUCCGUCCGGAAGCACCGCUGCGGGUUUGACGAGAUGAUGGGGAGGUUCCCGCCGCCGAGUGUGGUGGUGCGUGAUGUGCCGCGCAGAGGACAGGGCGAGAUGCAGGCGUACACCGUCGCCGCACAAGGCGUAGGGAGUGAGUGGGCCCCGAUCCGCAUCAAAGUGUCCACGAAGGACAUGGACGAUCAGUUGAAGCACUGCCUCCCCGGGAAGCAAUGGCGCCUGGUCGGUAACAGCUGGAAGGAAUGCACAAAGGACAUGGUGUUGACGGAGGCGAAGAAGGACAUUCUUUUGAAGCAACUCCUUCCGGCCGCAAUUAAGAUGCACACCGAUCGUCUGUCCGUGAGGCCUCUGGAGGGUCCCAUCCACAUACCAAAGAAAGGUCUAGGGCUGUGCAGCAAUUUCACCAUCCCUCCCUGGCACCACACGAUCGGUGUGAGCGGCGCCGACCUGAUUCUCUACAUCGACACUCUCGUGAGUGGAAGUGCCAUUGCAUGGGCGUCUCACUGCCUCACUCUGAAGGACGGACGCCCGUACGCUGGCGCCGUAAACAUCAAUUCCCAGUACAUAGAGGCCACUAAUGAAGCUGUUCGUACUGCAGCGCACGAGAUUGGGCACGCUCUUGGGUUUUCGCACGAACAGUUUAAGAGGUUCAAUAUGAUCUCCCAUAUCCCCAAUGUGCGAGGGAAAGAAUAUGUGUGGGUAAUUUCCUCACCGAAGGUGAAGGAGCUGGCGAAGAGGUACUACAACUGCCCCACACUUGAGGGCAUGGAGCUGGACGAGGGGAAAGGUGAGAAGCCCGACCUGAACCAUUGGAAGAAACGCAACGCAUGGGACGAGUUUAUGAAUCCUCAGGCCCCGCCCACGUAUUACUCGGCAUUCACGCUUGCGGCAUUUGAGGACAUGGGUGUGUACAAGGCUAACUACGACAUGGCGGAGUCGUUGCGGUGGGGCAAUAACUCUGGCUGCGGGUUGCUGGAAAAUAAGUGCUUGACCAAUGGCCGCACCGACUACCCUGACAUGUUCUGUAAACAACUGUCGAAUACACAAGGGCUACUCUGCACGUAUGACCGUCUUUCUCUGGGGACAUGUAACCUAAAAACUCACCAAACGAGCUUUCUACCACAGUUUCAGUACUUUGAUGACCCCCUACUUGGAGGUGCAUCGAAGUUUAUGGAGUUUUGUCCGUAUAUUGUUGAGCGUGUGGCGACUGCGUGUAUAAACGGAAACCGUCAUAGGUUCCCUGGAAGCUUCAUUGGCUCGAGCUCACGGUGCGUAAAAGCGGAGAGGCUUCUUUUUGAAAACGAAGAGAUUGGCGAUGUGUGCGUGAACACGCAGUGCAGUGGGGGUAAGCUGAGGGUGCAGUUCCUUGGCGACGACACGUGGUACGACUGCAAUGAAGGCGAGACGGUCACGCCGUCAGGGGGCGACUGGAGCGGGGGGAGCAUCAGGUGCCCCAAAUAUGCCGACGUGUGCGCAGCCUUCCCUAACACCUGGGCCCUCCCAAUACCAGUCGUUGCCCCGCCACUGGUGAAGGAUCCAGACAAUGCAGAUACAAAUAAUGAAUCAGGCGGCACUCAUCCUGAGCCCGAUGCCUCGCCCUCAACGUAUCAGUCGCGCAAUACCAACCCGGAACGCAACCCAACCAGCAUGCGUCGUGAUCCCGGUGCCUCGCCCUCAACGUAUCAGUCGCGCAAUACCAACCCGGAACACAACCCAACCAGUAUGCGUCGUGAUCCCGGUGCCUCGCCCUCAACGUAUCAGUCGCGCAUACCAACCGAACGCAACCCAACCAGACAUGCGUCGUGA